GGGAAUCACAGCACUAAUGCCUAAUAACUUACUAGACUCAUUAAAGGUCACAGAGGGAAUCACAGCACUAAUGCCUAAUAACUUACUAGACUCAUUAAAGGUCACAGAGGGAAUCACAGCACUAAUGCCUAAUAACUUACUAGACUCAUUAAAGGUCACAGAGGGAAUCACAGCACUAAUGCCUAAUAACUUACUAGACUCAUUAAAGGUCACAGAGGGAAUCACAGCACUAAUGCCUAAUAACUUACUAGACUCAUUAAAGGUCACAGAGGGAAUCACAGCACUAAUGCCUAAUAACUUACUAGACUCAUUAAAGGUCACAGAGGGAAUCACAGCACUAAUGCCUAAUAACUUACUAGACUCAUUAAAGGUCACAGAGGGAAUCACAGCACUAAUGCCUAAUAACUUACUAGACUCAUUAAAGGUCACAGAGGGAAUCACAGCACUAAUGCCUAAUAACUUACUAGACUCAUUAAAGGUCACAGAGGGAAUCACAGCACUAAUGCCUAAUAACUUACUAGACUCAUUAAAGGUCACAGAGGGAAUCACAGCACUAAUGCCUAAUAACUUACUAGACUCAUUAAAGCUGGAACUAACUGUGAAUCAUAAUUAAAAUCUAGUUAACAUAGUUAAGUAUGUAUUAUGAUUUACAUACACAUUAAUGAUUUGAGAAUAACACAACAUGAGCAUUUAUUGUAUAACAAUCAUUUUGUACUUGAGACGUUCCAUAACAUAAACCUGUUUUAAGGACUUGAC